AUGGUUGGAAGACGUCCACGUAGAGUGCUCAGCUUGGAAGAAAAAUUGGCAGCCGUUCGAAGAGUGAAAGUGAAUGGGGAAACGAAAGCCGCUGUAGCCAGGGACUUGGAUGUUGCUGAUUCAACUCUGAAAGGCUGGGUGAAAAAUGAAGAAAAGAUCUCUGGUAUGGCGGCUGCUGCGGCCAUCGGAAAACAACUUACGCAUAUUGCAUCACAAAGCAAACCUAUUACAACUCGUACUGGAUCGUUUAGUAGAGAAAGUGAAUUCCAAGUAGGACCUGAUUCAUGGGGUCAUCAACUAGGCAUCGACAACUCUUCAACAUUUUCUAUGUACUGGUUUUACAAUCAGCAGAUACAAAACCUCAACAGGCCCCAAGACGAACCCUUAGACUUGAGCCAUCAUAGUAAUGUUACUGAAAAAAGCUACGAUUUUACCUCAACCAGUCAAAAAGAAGAUGAGGAUAGAAUGAUCACAGACGAAACCAAUGAUGAGAUAUUUGAAGAAGAUGGCCUGGCUCACGGAGAAAAAUUCUUGCACUGGCUCUCGGGGUGCAAUCUACCCUGCGUCACGCUUUUGCAAGUUUCUGAGGUAAAUAAAAUUGUCCAGAAUAUGAAACAAAAGUCGAUGUCAAAGGCUGUAAAUUGA